AUGAACGAAGAUCUCGAUAAUGAAAUCGAAGCCAUAAACUCCAUAUAUGGCGACAACUCGCUGAUUAUCUCUAACGAACACGAUAUAUAUGUCCUCCAUCUACCCCAACAUGACGCGUCGUUGAGACUCCGAUUCCCCAGAGACUACCCCGCCACCCCUCCAGCUGUGCUUGGUACGGAAAGCUCUGGAGAACAUAGUCGAAAGGGAGAAGCUGCCCAUGUUGUCGAAAUCUUUCGAGAUGUACUCGGUGAGCUGUAUCGUCCAGGGGAGGUGUGUUUGUUCGAUGUAAUUGAGGAAGUCAACAAUCUUUUACCUGAUACGAAUGGAGAGGACGAAGUCACCGAGGACGCCUUGCCUAUACAAUACGAGGCAGAGGCCGCAGAUGUAGCAGAGGGAGAGGUCAAAACUGUGGAAGAACCGCCAUGGACACUAUCCGAGAUCGUAGUUGAAUCAAAAUCCGUAUUCAUCGCGCGCUCCGCUCCGGUCUCCUCCCCUUCCCAAGCAAAUUCAUACCUUCAACACCUCCUCGACAACGACAAAAAGGUCCGUUCAGCAUCACACAACAUGACAGCCUGGCGCAUCAAGGGUGAAAAUGGCGUUACAUAUCAGGAUUGCGACGAUGAUGGGGAGACGGCUGCUGGAGGCAGGCUGCUACAUCUGAUGCAGCUGAUGGAGCUAUGGAAUGUCAUGGUGGUGGUUACGAGGUGGUAUGGGGGCCAUCAGCUUGGGCCGAAGAGGUUCAGCAUUAUCAAUACGGUUGCGAGGGAUGCUUUUGUUAAAGGGAACUUUGUGAAAGAGGAUCCUGUUCCGAAAAAGAAAGGAAAGCGGUGA